ACCCACAUGUAGAUCUGAGUUUACAGCCCGGCAUUGUCUCACCUCUGUUCUAGCCCCUGAAUAACACUGUGCUAAAGUUCAGAGCUCAUAACUUGGGACAAUAGGAGAAAGACGACACUAAACUGGAUGUUCUCAGGCGGCUCCGUCUCACAGAUUUAUUAUUUGUGGCCCAGCGACGAGUGAAGACGAGACCGUUCGACGAGGCAGCGCCGCAUGAUUCCCGUCUACUGGGAUUGCCAAACUGAUACCUGAGAAGCGUUAAGAGUUUUAAUUUAACCGGAGCAACAUGACCAUGAAGAAGGAGGUCCGGCGAAGGAUCGUGACCAAGGACGGCCACAACAACGUGAGGAUCGACAACGUGGAGGGCAUGGUGAAGCUGUACCUGCACGACAUCUGGACCACCGUGGUGGACAUGAAGUGGCGCUACAAGCUGACCCUGUUCGCCUCCACCUUCGUCAUGACCUGGUUCAUCUUCGGUGUCAUCUUCUACUUCAUCGGCAUGGGCAACGGAGACUUGGAGGCCGGUCUGAACCCCAACCACACGCUCUGCGUGGUCAACGUCCAGACGCUCACCGGCGCCUUCUUGUUCUCCCUGGAAUCGCAGACCACCAUCGGUUACGGCUUCCGCUACAUCUCCGAGGAGUGCCCUCUGGCCAUCUUCACCCUGGUGGCCCAGCUCGUCAUCACCGGCCUGGCCGAGAUCUUCGUCACCGGAGCCUUCCUGGCCAAGCUGGCGAGGCCCAAGAAGAGAGCGGAGACCAUCAAGUUCAGCCAGAUGGCGGUGAUCUCCUGGCACAAGGGCAAGCUGUGCCUGAUGUUGAGAGUGGCCAACAUGAGGAAGAGCCUCCUGAUCCAGUGCCAGCUCACGGGGAAGCUCCUUCACUCCAACGUGACGCAGGAGGGCGAGAAGACGCAGGUCCACCAGAGCUCCGUGGACUUCUACAUGGACUCCAGCGACGAGUCGCCGUUCCUCAUCCUCCCGCUCACCUUCUACCACGUCCUGGACGAGCGCAGUCCGCUGGCGGGGCUCACGGCGGAGAACCUGCAGAGGCGCGACUUCGAGCUGGUCGUCACCCUCAACGCCACCAUGGAGUCGACGGCGGCCACGUGCCAGAGCCGCACGUCCUACGUCCCCAACGAGAUCCUGUGGGGGUGCGAGUUCAAGCCGGUGUUGUUCACCACCAACAGCGGCCGCUUGGUGGCCGAUUUCAACUUCUUUGACAAGGUGCAACCGUGGAGCGACGUGGCUCCUUGCUCCAACAGCAGAGAGAAGCUGAAACUGGAGGCGGACUAUAAGAAGGACUAGAGGACACUCGCGCCAAAGUGGUUUAAUCGCAAGAAUUCUUCAAAACCUGACAUGCAAAUACAUCCUCCGCACAUUUUAUUUAUUAAUAAUCACUUAUAUGUUAGUGUAUUGGAAUUUAAUUGUUCAGUUAGUCAAUUAUACCAGUGGUCUCUAUUGAAAAGACUGUUUUUGUUUGGGUUUUAAUAAAGAGGGUUUUUGGCGUUAAAAGCCUUUUUAUACUUAGUGAUUAAUUACAUUUUUUAGUUUGAGUGCUCAAUUAGACUGAUGAAUAGUUUAUUGUUUAAAUAAAUUGCUAGAGUUGAGCUUUUAGCCUAUUUGACAGUUAGAUUAGACGGUCGAUGCUACGUUUACAUCAGCUGGUUAGCUUAGCUUUACACAAAGACUGGAAACUGGGAACAAACCUCCGCAAAAAAGCACCUAUAAUAAUGCUUUAAUUAACUUAUAUGUUGUUGUAUAUUCUGCCCUAACAUUGUGAAAACAACUAUUUGUGGUUUAUGAGACAAUUUGUGCAGAAGAAGAAGUUUAGCCUAGCUAACAGGAAAAGAGCUAGCAGGACACUUGUGCUCAAUCUGCUUUCUGGGAGUUAUAAACGUGAAAAUAACAAAUAUCCGUUUUAUUAUAUGACAUGUGAGUUAUAUUUAUUCUUUUUUUUUUUGCUGUUGUUUUUUUUUUUUUUUAACUUUUAUCAAGCUAGUAUCUUUAAUCUGUUUUCAGUAUUUGCACCAAGUUAGCUAACCUAUUAGCAUUAUACGUCUGUUCUGACCACACAGAGGUGAAACUGAAACUUUAUCCCCCUCAAAAAACAAAAGCCUGUUUAAUUUAACCUUUUAGCAUUACUGAAUCUAUUUGAAUAUAAAGUGCUUAUUAUUAUUAUCACACGGCCACAUGUGGUGAUGUCCACUGUUACUGAAUUCGAAUGGCCAGCACUUUAUAUUCGACAUUAUUCCUGGUAAAGUAAUGUAAAACUUUGCACGUUGUGUUUUACGAUAGACAUAUAUAUAUAUAUAUAUAGAUUGUGAUGGUAUAAUAUUACACUGAACAUGGGCAUGGAGGCAAAUACACGUCUAUUUUUCCCUUAUUAUGUAAAUAUGAAAGUGUAUUUUUGUGUAGAGAGAAAAUCCCCAGUGCAUGAAGGGAAAGCUUUGGCACAACACUGACGACCCUGUAAUUCUGUAAAUAAAUACAAUUUUCAUGCACUUAA